UUGGAUUUUAAACCAAGAGGUCACGUUUUGUCUGGAAUUGGGAUUUUGGAGUCAGGAGGAAGAAUCAGGAUGGCGACCAACGCAGACGCAGCCAAGCCGGUCAUCAUGAAUGAGGAGGAACUGAAGAGGAAGCAGAGGGAGAAGCUGAAGAAGCUGCAGGCCACAGGAGGCAACCCGCGCCCCGCCAGAUCCCUCUUCAUCUUCACCCUCAAAAACCCCUUCCGGAAGGCUUGCAUCAACAUUGUGGAGUGGAAAACCUUUGAAAUCAUCAUCCUCCUGACCAUCUUCGCUAACUGUGUGGCUCUGGCUGUGUUCCUGCCCAUGCCUGAAGAAGACAGCAAUAACACCAACUCAAAUUUGGAGAGUCUGGAGUAUAUCUUUAUGAUCAUCUUCACUUUAGAGUGCUUUCUGAAGAUUGUAGCAUAUGGGCUCGUGUUCCAUGAAGGGGCCUAUUUACGGAACUGUUGGAACAUAUUGGACUUUGUCAUCGUCUUCAUGGGUCUCUUCACCUUUGCCUUGGAUACAAUAAAUACGAUAGGAGGAGUGCCAAAAGAGAAGGGUGGAGGGUUCGACAUGAAGGCACUGAGAGCCUUCAGAGUACUGAGACCACUUCGCCUCGUUUCUGGAGUCCCCAGCCUUCAGGUAGUGAUGAACUCCAUCCUCAAAGCCAUGCUGCCUCUGAUACACAUCGCCCUGCUGGUCUUCUUACUGGUCACUAUAUAUGCCAUUAUGGGACUGGAGCUCUUUAAAUGCAAAAUGCAUAAGACCUGCUACUACACUGGCACAAAUAUCUAUGCAGUAGCAGAAGGUGAGAUGCCUGCCCCAUGUGCCCAAGCCGGUAAUGGCCGUCGUUGUAUGAUCAAUGGUUCAGAAUGUCGGCCUGGCUGGGAAGGUCCCAACAAUGGUAUCACCCACUUUGAUAACAUCGGUUUUGCCAUGUUGACUGUGUACCAGUGUAUCACCAUGGAGGGAUGGACCAAAGUCCUCUACUGGGUGAACGAUGCUAUAGGAAAUGAGUGGCCAUGGCUCUUUUUUGUUCCUCUCAUUCUCGUGGGGUCCUUUUUCGUGCUCAAUCUUGUUUUGGGUGUGCUCAGCGGAGAGUUUACUAAAGAGCGUGAGAAGGCCAGGUCGAGAGGGGAGUUCCAGAAGCUGCGAGAGCGUCAGCAGAUGGAUGAAGACCUUCAUGGCUACAUGGAGUGGAUCACUCAUGCUGAAGUCCUGGAUGCUGACAGAGAAGGCAAAGGUCUCCUGCCUUUGACCAAUGGAGAUUCUGACGCAGACAGCCUGUAUGAUCUGGAAGGCAAGAGUCGUGUUGUUUACUACUACCGCCUGGCCCGUCGCUGGAACCGUUUCUUCAGGAUGAAGUGCUUGGUGUACGUGAAAACCAAGGCCUUUUACUGGCUGGUGAUGUUCCUCGUCCUUCUCAACACGCUGACCUUAGCCACAGAGUAUCACCACCAGCCUGGCUGGCUAACGUCCCUGCAAGAUGUAGCUAGCCGUGUUCUUCUGGUGCUGUUCGUCUUUGAGAUUUUCGUGAAGAUGUAUGCUCUGGGACCAAGAGCAUACUUCAUGUCUCUGUUUAACCGUUUCGACUUCUUUGUGGUGCUAUGUGGCAUCCUGGAGAUGAUCAUGUUGUCAGCGGGUGCCGUGGCCCCCCUCGGCUUUUCUGUGCUCAGGUGUAUCAGGCUGCUGAGGAUCCUUAAAGUCACCAAAUACUGGAAAUCUCUAAGUAAUCUUGUGGCCUCCCUCUUAAAUUCGGUUCGCUCCAUCGCCUCGCUGCUCCUCCUUCUUUUCCUCUUUAUUGUCAUCUUCUCACUCCUGGGAAUGCAGGUGUUUGGAGGGAAAUUUAUCUUCGAUGACCACCGGCUCAGACGCAGUAACUUUGAUAAUUUCCCUCAGGCCCUGAUUAGUGUAUUUCAGAUCCUCACUGGAGAGGACUGGACUUCUAUCAUGUACAAUGGCAUUAUGGCCUAUGGAGGGCCUGUCAUCCCUGGCAUCCUAGUUUCCAUCUACUUCAUAAUCCUUUUUGUCUGUGGAAACUACAUCCUCCUCAAUGUCUUCUUGGCUAUUGCCGUGGACAACCUGGCUGAGGCUGAGAGUCUGACUUCAGCUCAGAAAGAAAAAGCAGAGGAGAAGAUGAGGAAAAAGCUGUUAAGGUCUAAAAUGCCUGAGAAGACCGACGAGGAGAGGGAGAGGAUAGCAAAGAAACUGGCAGAGCAGAGGGCCAAGAUGGAGAACAUGCCCACCACAGCCAAGCUGAAAAUUGAUGAAUUUGAGUCCAAUGUCAAUGAAGUGAAAGAUCCAUUUCCACCUGCAGAUUUUCCAGGUGAUGAUGAAGAGGAAGAGCCUGAAAUUCCCAUCAGCCCUCGGCCCCGACCUAUGGCGGACCUGCAGCUGAAAGAGGAAGCAGUUCCUUUGCCUGAAGCCAGCUCCUUUUACAUUUUUGGCCCCCAGAACAAGUUCCGUAAGCUGUGCUACAAGAUCAUCAACGCUUCAUCCUUCACCAACUUGAUCCUUCUGUUCAUCCUGCUCUCCUCCAUCUCACUGGCAGCUGAGGACCCCAUUGAUCCAAAGUCCUACAGAAACCAGAUUUUGGCCUAUGCUGACAUAGUUUUCACAACUGUAUUCACUAUUGAGAUUGUGCUUAAGAUGACAGUGUAUGGAGCAUUCAUGCACGAAGGCUCUUUCUGUCGGAACUCUUUCAAUAUCCUGGAUUUGAUCGUGGUCACAGUUUCACUCCUGUCCAUGGGAAUGGAAUCCAGUGCCAUCUCUGUGGUGAAGAUUCUCAGGGUGCUGAGGGUGCUUAGGCCUCUCCGAGCUAUCAACAGAGCUAAGGGAUUAAAGCACGUGGUCCAGUGUGUGUUUGUGGCCAUAAAAACAAUUGGUAACAUCGUCCUGGUCACCAUGCUUCUGAAUUUCAUGUUUGCCUGCAUUGGAGUACAACUCUUUAAGGGUAAAUUCUACAGCUGCAAUGACUCGACCAAACUGACUGCAGAGGAUUGCCAGGGAUCCUUCCUCAAGCACAUUGAGAAUUCCCUACAGGACACAGUGGUGGCCAACAGAGAAUGGGUCAACAGUGACUUUAACUUUGACAACGUGCUCAAUGGAAUGCUGGCUUUGUUCACCGUUUCCACCUUUGAAGGCUGGCCAAAGCUCUUAUAUAGAGCUAUAGAUUCUGACCAAGAAGACAAGGGUCCAGUCUACAACAACCACGUUGACGUGUCCAUCUUCUUCAUCAUCUACAUCAUCCUCAUAGCCUUCUUCAUGAUGAACAUCUUCGUGGGCUUUGUCAUAGUCACCUUCCAGGAACAGGGCGAGCAGGAGUAUAAGGACUGUGAGCUGGACAAGAACCAGCGUCAGUGUGUGCAGUAUGCUCUGAAAGCCCGCCCUUUGAGGUGCUACAUCCCAAAAAACCCCAACCAGUACAGAGUGUGGUACAUUGUCACCUCCUGCUACUUUGAAUACCUGAUGUUCUUCUUAAUCAUGCUGAACACCUUGUGUCUUGGGAUGCAGCACUGUAACCAGUCAGAUCAUGUAACCAAGCUGUCGGACACUCUGAACUUGAUCUUCACCGUGCUCUUCACAGUGGAGAUGAUACUCAAGCUCAUGGCCUUCAAAGCAAAGGGCUACUUUGGAGACCCCUGGAACGUCUUUGACUUCAUUAUAGUCAUUGGCAGUGUUGUUGAUGUCAUCCUGAGUGAAGUCGAUACUGCCCUGGCCUCCAGUGGAGGACUGUACUGUCUCCAUGGCUGUGCUGAGACAAAUCCUUUGCAAGUAAUUGCGUCCUCUGAAAAUGCUUCAGUUUCAAUCACGUUCUUCCGGCUCUUUCGUGUGAUGCGUCUGGUCAAACUGCUCAAUCGCUCAGAGGGCAUCCGCAACUUACUGUGGACCUUCAUCAAGUCUUUCCAGGCUCUCCCACAUGUAGCUCUGCUCAUAGUGAUGCUAUUUUUCAUCUACGCUGUCAUUGGGAUGCAGAUCUUUGGAAAGGUAGCCUUAGUGGACGGCACCCAAAUCAACCGGAACAACAACUUCCAGACAUUCCCUCAGGCUGUUCUAAUGUUAUUCCGAUGUGCGACUGGAGAGGCCUGGCAGGAGGUCAUGAUGGCUUCAAUGUACGGGAAGAAGUGUGACCCCAAAUCCGACUUCCUGCCAGGAGAAGAGUACACCUGCGGGUCCAAUUUUGCUGUCUUCUACUUCCUCAGCUUUUACUGUCUUUGUGCCUUCUUGAUCCUAAACCUAUUUGUAGCUGUGAUUAUGGACAACUUUGACUACCUGACACGCGAUUGGUCUCUUCUUGGUCCACACCAUUUGGAUGAAUUUAAGAAAAUCUGGGCUGAAUAUGAUCCAGAAGCCACGGGGAGGAUCAAACAUCUGGAUGUGGUGACAUUGCUCCGAAGUAUCCAGCCCCCACUUGGUUUUGGCAAGUUCUGUCCACACCACGCUGCGUGCAAGCGCUUGGUUGGUAUGAACAUGCCUCUCAACAGCGAUGGCACAGUCACCUUUAACGCCACUCUGUUUGCUCUGGUCAGGACUGCACUCAAAAUCAAAACAGAAGGUAAUUUUGAGCAGGCCAACGAGGAGCUGAGAGCCAUCAUAAAGCAAAUCUGGAAACGCACCAGUAUGAAACUACUGGACCAGGUCAUUCCCCCUAUAGGAGAUGAUGAGGUGACUGUGGGGAAAUUCUACUCUACCUUCCUGCUCCAAGACCAUUUCCGUAAGUUCAUGAAGCGUCAAGAAGAGCUGUACGGCUACCGGCCAACUAAGAAGAGCGGCUCAGGUCCAGAGAUUCAGGCGGGUCUGAGGAGUAUAGACGAAGAAGCAGCUCCAGAGAUGCACAGGGCCAUUUCAGGAGAUCUACAUAAUGAAGAAGAGAUGGACCGAGCAAUGGAGGAGGCAGAGGAGGCCAUUUAUCAGCGUUCACAUGGUCUGUUUGGUAACAGAGUAGACUCCUUCUCCGCUGAACCAGCCAAUGCUCAGCAUCCCCAGAUGACCAACCAGCGGCCCCUCCAGUUCUCUGAGAGCCAGCCUGAGUCUCCGCCAAACACCGCUGCCUUGGUGUCCAACACAGAAUUUUUCCCCACGACUGCACCUAAGAGCAACACUAACAACAAUGCCUUUGCAGAAGGGGCAUCGUGUGUGAUGAGUGGCAUGCUGUCUUUCAGAUUUGCCUUUGACAGAGAAGGAAGUCCAGUGGAGUUUUACAAUCCAUAUGAGGAAGAUCCAGACCUCAGACGCUCCUGGAACUUCACUGUGAGAACAGAUAAAACACAGUUCCCUUAUUGUCCUAACCUUGGAGACAGCGAGAGUCUGAGCUCCCGUACUGCAGCUGACCGGGUCAGCCGGGAUGCUCUUGUGAAGGGAGGUGUAAUCUCCAAGGCCAAAGACCCAGGCUUUGAGUCUAUAACCAAAAAGGGGAUGACAGAUAACUCGCACCCAGAAAUGGACAGUGUGGCCCAGGGAAGCCUCGGCCCUUCUGCCAAAAAGAAACGCCCUGUCCCAGUUCCCCCAUCUGCGAUGGAACUAAAACCAGGCCAGCCGGAUCCAGCUGUUAGGAGAAAGAGGCGUCCGAUUCCAAUUCCUCCACAAAAGAAGCAAGACGAGGCUGACUCCGAAGUUUAG